AUGGAGGAUCCAUUCGUUUCUAAUUCUGUGCAGCCCGCUGCCGCCCGCGAAUCUCACCGAUACUCCUCGUUCGACACUCAACUAUUCAGUCUCAAUGCCUCGUCCCCGGCCCAGGCCAAGCGAGCCCUCGAGGCCCACCUGGCUGAGACCGAGCGCCGGCUAGAGGAGGCUUCCAAAUUGGGGACCGCCCUGAUCGAUCAACAACGCGAACUCUCAGAACAACUCAAAGAAGUUGAACGGCAACAGGAUGAGGGGGAGAUGGGUCCAGAGCUGCGCCAAAAACUCGCUGAUUUGGAGCGCGAGUACACUGAAAUUGGCCGGGAGACGGCGCGCGCAUUCCUUGCGCCGAAGCGCCAAGCAGGCUCAGAGGACCAAUUCGGGACUCCUGGAUUUGAUCAAAAGUCCCCGCUGAGCCCCGCCUUGUUCGCUGGGCAAGCGACCAACUCUCCCAGUAAAGUCAGCGUCCCAUCUCGUAAGCAGCGCAACCAACCCUCGAGCCGUGUGCACGACAUCGAAUUCGCAACCGAGAUUUCGACUUCUCUCUUGGCUCAAGUUCGACAGCUACAGAAUCUCCUUGCCGAACGUGAAGAAACUCUCAAGUCGGUAAACUUGGAGAAGGCGCGAUUGGAGCUGGAAGCGGAAGGAUAUGCCCAAAGGAUCCGUGCUCUUGAUGACAGUGAACAGCGGUAUAAGGACGAGAAUUGGGCCUUGGAAACCCAGACUCAUGAGUUGAACGCCGCUAUCAAAGAGGCAGCAGAACGUGAGAAUAGACUCAACACCAUUCUGAGUGCAUCUACCGCGGAAAAGAACGCCGUGGAGCGGGAAUUGGAGGAACUCAAGCAGACCAACUCGAAGCUGCUUGAGGAGCAAGCCAUUGUUAAGAAAGCAAAUGACUCUGAGAUCCAUCUUUUGCGUCGCAACCUUAAUGCUGGUGACCUCGAGAAAUCGGCUCUCCUCAAAAAACUCGAAGAGAUGACAGCCCAAAAUCAAGAGCUGGCCAAGGCUGUUGCGAUGCGGAUUCGACAGCACGAGUCACAAGGCCAUCAAGACCAAUCCAACGAUAAUGACGAGGAAGAGCCUGAACAUAUCACUCCUGAAAGCUCUCCUCCGCAGUCCCCCAACAAGUUUACCCCUCGCCAUGGCCACCUAGAGUCGGAAACUCUGAAGAGCUCACUCGGUCAUGCUCAUCGCAUGAUCCAAAACCUCAAGAGCACCAUUCAUCGAGAGAAGACCGAAAAGAUUGAGCUCAAGCGCAUGCUGCAAGAGGCUCGGGAUGAGGUGGAGCAGCGCCGUCGUGACUCUGCCGCGCCUAACGGUGCGGCAAAGAAGAGUCUCAAGAAGAAGGAAGAGUCCUUCCGUAAGCCUGCCCGACCGGAUCUGCUGGGCGCUGGUCGCAAGGAAAAGUCUACGGUUGAGUUGCAUGACACUGACUGGGAAGAUAACGCUGGUCAAAUCAGCCCGACCCGCGUAGCAUUGUCAAGUUCAUCUCAGAGCCGCCCCGCCUUCGAGUCCGAUUCUACGGAUGUGCCCGCUGACAUGUACCAAACUGCUACGGAAGCUGAGGAUGGAUUCGAGACAGCCAAUGAACGUGCAACUGCUACCGAAAGCGAGGCUUUCCAGACUGGUUUGGAGAGUAUGGCAGAUGACAGCAGUGACUCUGCAGACCUUACCGAAACUGAACGCACUAUUCAGAGCACUCCGCGCCAGCGUGUUAGCUCGUCUCUGGUGAUGAACAAGAACCGUGGUAACAAUGCCUAUCACAGCUCUGCCUCUACAUCAGACAGUGAAACCGACCAAGAUGGGGGAUAUUCUCCUAGCCAGAUCCAUAUUUCCCGCCGCGUGCGUUCCAAACGAAGCAUUCUCAGACGCAUCCGCCCGUCCGGCGAGGCUCCAAUGGCGUCCAACAGCCGUCCUUCGAGCGCACGUAACUCUCCAGCUCCAAGCUUCGAGCAAGCACCUGCGCAAGAAGGUCAGAGCUUAUUUGCGGAGCUUGCCGAACUUGAAGGUGGUGAGGAAGGGGAAGAAGGGGGAAGAAGAAGAGGCUGCAGCUACCUCCCAAUCCUCUACUCCUCGCCUUCGGAAGUAUCAUUGGAAGCUACUCCUAAGCCUGUGAUGGUCGACUCCGGUAUGAUGACUGAGCCAUGGGAGCCAACUACAGUCAGCGAAGCAGCUGUAUCAGGUGCUGCUGGAGUCGUCGCAGGAGCCGCAGGGGCUGCAGUUGUGGCCGACACUCCCGCAACGCCACAGAAAACCGCAGAGCGUGAGAUUUCAAAAGAGCAGGGCAUUCCCGGGCUGGUCAGCUCAGGAACGCAGUGGACGCCCAAGUCUCCUGUAGACCAUGAGCAUUUGGCGAACGUCCCUACACCACCUAAAAUGGCAUGGGAUGACCACUCUGCGCAAGUCCAGACUCAGAGUCAGCCUGUGGAGGCAGGCACGCAAUCAGAUACCCCUGUGCUUCCUGACUUGACCCUAGCCGAAAUCAUUUCUGAAGAGACUCUGCCCUCAGCGCCCAAGUGGCCAGGGCUGAGCAUCGGCUACAUUUCUGGACCGGUCACUGAGCCUGUCAAACAAUUAGUUCCUGUUCCUGAUGUUCCGGAAGUUGUUCGUGUUGAGGUCCCCGUGGAGGUGCCUGUGGAGGUCCCAGUUGAAGUACCCGUUGAAGUCCCUCGGGAACUCCCUGAGCUGAGCUUGUCAAAUCUUUUCACAAACUCCACUGAGCCUGUUAAGCCCCAGCUUCCUGAGCCUGAGCCUGAGCCUGAGCCCGAGCCCGUCCCCGCUUCCGUUCCUGUUAUCGAGAAAGAGACCCCUAGCUAUGAGUUGGGACUCUCAACGCUCUCCCACCGGAGCCCAUUGUCAUUACGGCCCCUGCCCCCUGAGCCAGUUUACCCAGAACUUUCGCUCUCUUGGCUGUCUCCCUCGUUCACAGAGCCUGUCCUCCCUAAGGUUAUUGAGCACGUUCAGCCGGCUUCGUCUCUCUCAGCAUUAAAUUCCGUGGAGACUCUUCCAGUCAUCCCUUCGCCACGUGUGAUUCCUGCCAUGUCAGAUUUUGCAAUUCAGACCGAUCCAGUCGAGGAGCCCAAAGCUGCUGCCGUGCCGAUCUACGAGGACAAGCCUACCGAGACGAUUCAAAACGGGACCAGCGCCGACACCGACCGCCGGGCAAGCACAGGGUUGGCUCUUAAUGAUAUCUCUGGCAAUGCUCUGCCCCUUUCACCCAGGUCCCUUUCCAGCUCUGUUAGCAUGGACCAAGGCUCUCAAACCAUCCUUUCUUCUAAGCAAAUUGACCGAAUCUUAAUGGAACGUGACCCUAUUCGGCCUCUCUCUUCCCGUGAUAGCAAACAAUCGAGGGACUUGGCAACUGCGGCCGCCCAGACCGCCGUUGCAAGCUCACCAUUUGCUACCCCCAAGCCCCCGUCUCGACAACAAUCGUCGACCAAGUCAGCUGGAUCGACGCCUCUCCGACCAGAUACCGCCGCAAGCCACGCUUCUAGCCUCCAUCCACCAUUGCCGGCCGACCAUCGGGAGGCAAUCCUAGCUGCAGAGAAACGGUCAAUGGACAUGCCCGCACCAGAGCCAUCUCCUUCAAUCAUGGGCCCUCCUUUGGCCCCUGCAUCUGCUUAUCGGAUGAACGCGCAGACAGCCCCACGAACCCCCCGGAGAGUCCGCUCCUCGGGCGCCAUCCACUCGCACCGCUUCUACACAUGCACGCAUGAGGAGAGGAAGUCUGAGUCAAAUGUCCCGACGGUCGUCAGUUUCCUCGUUCGCUUCGGAGAUUGA